AUGGUGAGAUAUGUCCUCGAAACAGGUCUUCCUGUAGAACGAUUCUUAUGUUUUGUUUUAAAUCCAGGACAUAAAGCUUUAGAUUUGACUAAUGCCAUUACCAAUACUUUAAAAUCGCACGAUAUUGACAUUUCUGACUGUCGAGGGCAAAGCUAUGAUAAUGCUAGUAAUAUGUCAGGUCAAUACAGUGGAGUUCAGGCACGAAUUAAAGAAAUUAAUCCACUUGUUUAUUAUGUACCAUGUAGCGCACACUCGUUAAAUUUGGUUGGCAUAUCUUCUGCUGAAAGUUGCUCACAAGCAUCAAUGUUUUUUGGAUUUAUACAACAAUUAUACAACUUUUUUUCCGAAUCAACGCAUAGAUGGUCAAUUUUGCAAUUAAAUAUGAAACAUAAUGCUAAUACAAUUAAGAGUUUAUCGAAUACUAGGUGGUCGGCUCGCGCAGACGCAUGUCGAGCAUUAUAUAAUUCGUGGGACGAAAUUAUUAAUGCAUUGGUCACUAUCAAGGAUGACAUUUUUGAAAAAUGUGCUACGCGAAAUGAAUCAAAUGGUCUUUAUAACCAAAUGCAAAAAUUAGAAACAUCAUUUAUGGUUAUUUUCUGGAAUUAUAUAUUAGAACGAUUUAAUGCAUCAAAUAAGCAACUACAAUGUGUUGAAAUUGGAAAUGAUAAAGUUUCUCAAAUUUAUACAUCACUUAUUAAUUUAGUACAAAAAACCCGAGAUCAUUUUAAUGAAUAUGAAACUAAAGCUAAAAAAAUAUCAAAGAUUACUGAGUACAAUGUUGAUAUAAAUCGACAAAAAAAAAAAAAUACACUUCGAUGA